AUGAGCGCCCAACCUCCAGUGCCGUCUCCCCCGACUUUGGAAGGAGAGGCCAACGGGCCGCAGUAUGAGGGCAUGCGAGAAGAGCGCCAGAUGGCAACCGGACAGAGCCCACAAGUGGGCCAGGCCAAUGAGCCCCAAUUGAUGGUCAAUGGUGUCGAUCCUCCACGGGUGAGUGCUGCUCGCGAAGAACCGCCCCCGGCGGGACCGCGGGUAGCAGGCUCGCCCCUGGAGGGCCGCACGUUGACUGAUGAAGCAGCUGGAAGCGCGGUGGCACCUGGUUUUUUCCGCGGACAAGUGGGCAUGGACACGGCAAUAAGCCCAUCGAGCAGUGCUGGCUAUGAAUCACUACCUACGAGACCGUCUUCACCUAUGAGACCCCAGAGUGGGCAACCGCACGAGGCAGAGAGGACGGUGGCUAUGGAGUAUUCUGUGCAGAAUGCUGGUGGUCAACCGGCAGCGACCGCCACCACCACCUUUGCCGAUAAGGAUGCCAUCGCCAAUGGGACGAAGAUCUCCUUCUCCACCUCCACCUCCUCCGGUGCAGGCGCCGAGUUUACCGUGGCUUUCCAGGAAUCCUUCAUCACCACCGGCCCCCUGGCUGUACUCUCGAAGGGGCUAGGCGUCUUCGUGAUGAGGUCCAACAGCUACAAGGGGAACGAGAUCGUCUUGCAAGGACGUGAUCGGACUACAGAGGAUCGUGAAGUAUACGUGAUCGGACUACAGAGGGUCACCAACUACGUGAUCGGGCUUCUGAAGGUCAUGAGGGGCGCGUGCGGUCUGCUGAAGGCCGUUACCAAAGACGAGAUCGCUCUACCGAAGGCCUUCACCAAGGACGACGUGAUCGGGCUUCAAAGGGUCACCAAGGACGUGAUCGGGCUUCAGAGGGUCACCAAGGACGUGAUCGGGCUUCAGAGGGUCACCAAGGACGUGAUCGGGCUUCAGAGGGGUCGUUAUGUGUCCAGUCAUGAUGUUGGUCGGGAUGCCGUACCUGGUCACAGUCAGACAACAGAGUACUUUGACUUGGCAGCAGGCGAUAGAGCUCUACGUGAUCAACAGCGACUUCCUUCCGAACUUGAUCCACCAAAGGAGCAGGAGCAAGAUGGCGCGAAGGCUAGUGGAAACCCCUCUACGAUGGAGCUGUUGGGGUUCAUCGCUACGGGGAUGAAGCAGCUACAAGAGGUCCAGUUGAAGCAGAUGGAGAAGAAGUCGGACAUGCCGGAAAUUGUCAAACCGGGCAUUUCUUCUCUCCCAGCUCUGAGCUCGCCGGGCCAAGACACGAGUCCUGUCGACAUACAGGAUUGGUUGGAGGAAGUCGGAGGUGUGAUGACUGACUUGAGCGACUCCAGCUGGGAGUGGUGGCUUCAGACCCGGGACUUGGCGGAAGAACACUACCGCAAGUGGGUAAAGUCUACGCCCAUGGAGAAGAUCUCUUUGUCGAUGCCGAAGAGUCCGAGUCUGGAGCAGGGCCGUUAUGGGAGAGUGAAUGCGAGAGCGGCGGGAAUGGUGCUUGCCGCGCUCCCUCAGGAGGUGAAGUCUGAGAUGAUCACGAAGAAGGUGACGGGAAGCACGGCAAGUUUGAUCUUCAGGCUCCUCACGGCGUACCGGCCAGGAGGGGAAAAGGAGAAGACCUUGUUGCUGCAGCAGCUCACGGCUCCCGAACCGGCCAGUACGGCAGAAGAAGCGGUACAGGGACUACGACGCUGGGGCCGGUGGCAUUCUCGUGCAAAGGACCUCACAGUGACGGUUCCGGAUCCGGUCUUGAUGAUAAAGGGCCUUGCGGUGAUCGUCUCUGGAGUUCUGAGCCGACAUCAAGAUGUGUGGCUGCGCACUUCAAUGGUGCGUCAGAAGCUGCAACUAGACAGCAAUCCCAGCGAGGAGUCUACCUUGGACUACCAUAAGCACCUGCAGGCCGAAAUGGAGUUGUUGAGUACUGCGGCAGCCCCUUCAGCGAAGGCUACUCCAAAGAUAAGGAGCGCUACUACGACGGCAGAGCAGUCAACUACGGCGCCUACGGCAACCUCCUCUACUACCACACCGGCGGCAAGGCCCAAGGCGUCACCUACCAAGGACAAGGCGUGCAAGUGGUUCGCUAAGACCGAAGGAGGCUGCAGACGUGGGGCGGACUGUCAGUUCGCCCACGAGUGGGGUACUACGGCGAAGGCGGGCAGAUGCCUGGUAUGCUCAAGCACGGGCCAUCUCAAGAAGGACUGCCCGGUGAAGGACAAGGGUUCGGGUUUGCGUCAACCCAGACCAAAGUCUGAGCCCUCACCGCAAACCUCAGCUACUACCACUGCAGCAGCGAGGGCUUUGGCUACCACACCAGAGAUCACUUCUUCUUCGACUACGAUGCCUCCUCAGCCUGCGGCGGAACCUUCGCCUACUACGUCACCGACUUCAUCACAAUCCCGGGUUCCCCCAGAAGAGGAGCGCCCAGGAGAGUUGAAGCAGAUGUUGGCGGAUGCGUCCAAAAUGUUGAAAACCAUGAUGGCCAACAACCCUUCCGGAACCCCGGCGGGAUCAGCGACAACUCCGUCGUUUGAGUCUAUCCAGAGGCAGUUAGAUGAGCUGCGGCUGAAGUCUAUGACCGUGGACAGCGCGUCAAGGGGAGCUUCGAGUUCUACGGGUUCCUCCUCACGGCCGCCUACGUAUGAAGAGAUACAAAGGCAGCUGGACUCCCUGAGGUUGAAGGUUAUGAAGGUCACUAGUGCCGACGGCGAAGAUAAGCAAGGAACCCUGUUGGAUUCGGGAUCUACGCAUGUGCUUCGACCAGCCAAGGAUGAAGAAGAAUGCCGUGACUGUCAGCAGGUCUUUGUUACGCUGGCGGGAGAUGAACAGCGGCUUCUCAACCAGACAACGAGUGGAAGCAUCAUCGUGGAGCCCAGCAAGUCCAAGGAUGUUCAGUCCAUAAUCCCGUUUGGGAAGGUCAUCGAAUGCUUGGGGUGUACCUUGAAAUGGUCUAAGGGCGGCUUUUACCUCCACCACCCCAAGUUCGGCCGCAUAAAGACCCAUGUUCGAGCAGGAUGUCCAGAGAUCACUGAUGCAGGUCAGGCGGCAGCGAUCAUCGCCGAGCUUGAGAUGAAGAAGGUUGCGGAGCUCAAGGAAAAGACACGGGAGCUUCAGGAUCAGCUCACUGCGAUUCGGAUGCUCGAGGACCGCAAGGCUGAUUGGAGAGUGUUGUUGGGAAGGUAUUCGGAACAAGGGUGCGCGGCUGAUGGUUUGCAGGCCUUGUUCACCUCCCCGGCGUUUGUCAGAAUGCCCAACGAGUUGAGGACCCUGGUUGCCCCGGAGAUGAAUUGCUCACCCGAUGCGGGCUGGGACUACCUUAAGCUCCUACCAGUGCCCAGACGGAUGAGGAAGCGACUCCUUAGGUCGAGCUGUUGGGUGUUGAACAUGUUUGCGGGCGGCAAGAAAGGAGACCCCAUCCAAACCUUUGCUGGAGCUACUUCGUCAAGACAUAGGGGCGAGGUUGUGGUGAUCAACGUCGAUGUAACUUUGUCGCCGGGGUGGAACCUUCAAGGGGAGCUCUAUAAGGCCCUCCUGUGGGGAGCUAUGAACUCGAAGGUGAAGGCGGUGAUCUCCUCGCCCCCUGUCGGAGGUUUGUCCAUGGACGGUGUGACGGAAUCCAAUGGGAGCCCAUCGCAUAGAUACAUGAAGGGCUUUGAGAUGCUGUCCAAGACGCUCUUUCUGUACCUGGUGGCCUAUACAGCCUCCGAGGGUGCGGAACCCUCGUUGUCAGUUGGUGCGCCAGUUGACAGUCGCGGAUUUUGGGAGCUUGAGAUGGUUAAGGGCUUCCAGGAAGUGGUGAAGGAGAUUGGAGUUAAGGAGUGCGUGCUUGAGCAAGGUGCUUUUGGACAUCCUGAGAAAGCUCCUGUUAGGCUUCUUCACAAUGUUGGUUUGGAAGUUCAUCAUGGGCUGAAGGACUCGCGUCCCGACCACCUACGUCCCCCUCGAGAUCCUGACUUUCCUGAUCGAAGAUGGUGUCCAGGCCUACGACGUGCGAUACUUGAAGGCAUUAAGGCUUUGGGCCUUGGGGAUGGUGCAGAGGGCUAUGAGUCGGAGGGCGAGUGCGAACUUCGGAAAUUGACCAAAGAGCAGGGUUGGCGACUCCACAUUCAACGAGACCAUGUUCCUUUCAGAAAGGACUGCGAGCAGUGUGUGAUGACUUUGGGAACGGGGCGCCCGCACAGGCGAGUUCACCAAAAAAGCUGCUAUGUGCUGAGUGUUGAUGUGGGUGGUCCUUUGAGAUUCCCCAGCAAGGAUGCACACGGCUCUGGGUACAAGUACUUCCUGGCGGCAUCCUACACCAAGCCCCGCUUCUCAGACUUAGAGCCGCUUGAUGAGGACCCGCCACCCGACCUUGCCGAUGAGGACUACGACUUCUCUACGCUUGAGGACGGGGAGGUCGACCCUGGAGGGAUAGCGGACGACGAGUUCAGUGCACAAGGCGGUGUAUGGGAUGAAGAUGAGCUUGCCGAGUACGAAACUUCGGAGGCAGACGUCAAUGAAGACCCGGCAAUGAAGAAGGUUCACGGCACCAAUGGACUGUGGGACGAUGAUGAUUUGGCGGCCAUCGAACAGGAAAAGGAUGCGAAGGCCACGGAAGAUGAGGAGGGGAACGCGGAGGCUCAGACGGACUUUCUCUACUACUUCAAGCCUUUGAAGGGGAAGAGCGGGAAGCAUGUCCUCAAGGCGAUACAAGAAGUGGUUCUACAACUACGAAUGGAAAACCUUCCUGUGGUUCGGAUUCAUGCGGACCGGGCCCACGAGUUGAGAUCGGAAAGCCUUCGUCAGUGGACCUUAGACAACAAUAUCCUCCUCACGCGGACGGAGGGCCAGUCCCCCCAGUCCAAUGGGACGGCUGAGCGAGCCGUUCGUUUCCUAAAGGGGCGGGCACGUUCGCUACUACGAUCUGCUGGACUACAUCCACAACACUGGGCCACCGCCAUGGCUACAGCAGCACAUCGUCAACGUGAAGAUUGUUUGCGACCAGAAGCCACGAGUGUACCCCCUGCGUAUGGCACGAAGGUGGCGAUAAAGAAAAAAUACUACGGCCAAGGCGGAAAACUUGAUCUACUACCUCGAUGGGUUAAGGGAACCUACAUGGGGCCGGUGUGGGACGUUAACCAGGGCUCAGCAAUACUCGAGGAUGAGACCAACCGCUUCACGGUGUCUACGCAUGUGAGGGCAAAACUUGUGGACCCAGGCACUAUCGACCAGGAGCCGGAGUUGAAGGUUGAACCACCGCCCAGGAGAAGAUUGUCAGCAAAGACUACGGUGGACAAGGACGGGUUGAAGAUAAAGGCGAUGUCUGUGAAGGAGGCACGAGAAGUGCAAGGGAAGUUGCAAAGGGAGAUAGUGGACUCGUACGUCACAUUGGGAGCCUUCCAACAUGGUGGGGUAGUUGGUGUCACCAAUGCAACGAAGGACCACCAGAGCUUGGCGAAGAAGGUGUGCGAGUUAGUUACCCUGGCCUUUCCUGAAGAGGUGUUCUCCUCUGUGACGAUUGUUCGUGAUACUUGUAUGCCUGUUCACCGAGAUUGCUUCAAUGAUCGCAAAACCUAUAACCUGGUUAUCCCCUUGGAUGUGACGGGUGAUGCAGCGGUUUGGGAGGAGCUUUGUCCUGGUGAUCAAUUUCUGGGAAGCUAUGAAACCAGGUGGCAUAAGGGUCGCGAAGUACCAGGUCAAGUUCACAGCCUAAAGGGAAAUGUCAAGGUCAGACCUCAUCGGCUCCAUUGUGCAGUACAACCAAGUGAAGGACCGAGGCUUCUUUUAGCUGCGCACACCGUUGGUGGAUGGAAAAAGCUUAAGGAGGAAGAGCUUCAGGAACUGAUAGAAAUGGGCUUCCAGAUCCUCGGUGUUGAGGAGUACAUCAUGAAGCGAGCUGAAGUACAAGAACACCGGGAGGCUUUGCAUUUACCGUGGGUGAUUGAAGACGAAGAUGUAGUUCACAACUUUAGUGGAAAAGACUCCCCAGCCGAAGUAGAUGAGGAUGUGGUUCGAUGCGCAAAGGCGGCUGCAGACAACCUCUACACCUAUGGCAUUGAGGAGAUCUUAGAAUCACUACAAGAUGAACUACGUGUUGUUCAUACAGUCCACCCUCGUGAAGUAGAUCAGCACCUUCCCAGUUGGAUUCCAGCCCUGAAGGCCGAGAUGAGUACUCUCGAGGACAUUGGCGCCAUCAAGAGAUUGGUAGGGCAGGCUGCGAAGGACUACUUGAACUUACCAGGAGUUCAGGUGGUGCCGGGGAAGGCCGUCUACACGGUGAAGCCCCCAAACAAACCGGGCUCCAAUUAUCGUCGCAAAGCCCGUAUUGUGGGCUGUGGAAACUUCCAGGCGAAGGACGACUCGGAGCAGAACUACUCCGGCGGAGCUGCUGCGGAGGCGGUGAGACUUGGUGUUGCCCAAGCGGCAAGGCGAAUAUGGGCCAUUUGCACAGGAGAUGUGGUGAGCGCCUUUUUACGGGCGCCUGUGCCGCAGGGCACGCGAUUGGCGUUGAGGCCACCAGCAGUUCUUGUGCGCGCUGGAUUAGCUGACCCCAGCGAGUUGUGGUCAGUGCAUAUGGCACUAUAUGGAUUUAGAAGUAGUCCUCGCUGGUGGGGCUGUCACAGGACAGGCAUUAUGAAGCAGGCGGUCACACCGGGCGGCUUGACCUUCCACCAAGGAGUUGCAGACUCUGAGGUCUGGCAGGUGCGAAAUGGAGAAGGGGCCGUUCUCGGCCUUGUCAUAAUCUACGUGGAUGAUUUCUUCAUUGCUGCGCCGAAGGAGAUCUGCGAGGACAUUUACAAGUGGUUGGCGGAUACGUGGGAAACUACGCCCAUUCAAUAUGCCUCCUCUACCUCACCAAUCCGUUUCCUUGGAAUGGAAGUGCGAGAAGCUCGAACUGAGUCCGGGGAGUUUGAAGGGUACACCUUGGACCAAGAGGGCUAUCUUCAAGAAGUACUACGACACCGGAACGUGAAACCCGAGGAGAAGUCGUUGCUCCCGGCCACGAAGGAAACCCUUACGUUAUCGGCUGAUCAGGAUCCACCUACGUUUAGGCCGGAGGACCUCAAGCUGGCGCAAUCCCUUACAGGCGAACUCGCCUGGAUGGCCCAGCGUUGUAGACCGGAUCUAGCAUAUGUGGUGAGCAUUAUGGCGAGCUUGACUACCCGAGACCCAGUGCGGGUUGCUGCAAUAGGCCGAAAGGCCUUGGCCUACCUAAACCAUACGAGCUCGUGGAGACUGAGGUUUUGGACCGGUGGAAGCCCUACGUUGGUGACCUACACGGACUCUUCCUAUGCUCCGGACGGAGACCGGAGUCAUGGAGGCGCCGUUACGUUUUGGGGAACAUGUCCUAUCGCGUGGAGGAGUUCGCGCCAACAGUUGGUCACUACGAGUUCCGCGGAGACGGAAUUAGUGGCAGCUCAUCAUGGGUGCCAACAGAUGGAGUCAAUAGAUGCUCUUCUCACGGAUAUGGGCGAGACUCCGGAACAGCGGGUGAUCUACGUGGAUAAUGCUGCAGCGAUAACACUGGCGACUUCCGAAGGUGGGAGUUGGAAGACACGUCAUUUGAAAGUGAGACAUCGAGCUCUACGCCAGAAGGUUGAACAAGGCUGGGUCGAGGUUGUGUACUGCCCGGGCGAUCAACAGCUGGCGGAUGGACUCACGAAGCUACUGGCGUCGCAAAGAAUGAACCAGAUGAUGUUGUUUUGGGGAUUGUCGGCAGCUGGAGAUCAUGUUCGCCUACGGCAAGUUCAAGCUUCAGCAGAACAACAGAACCCAGAGCAACAAAGGACCGAGCAACGGACACUGGAGCAGCGCCAGCCAGCAGAACACACACCGACACCCACAGCACCACAUCCGAAUCCCGAAGGCCUGGGUUGUUGUUUGGGACUUAUUGUUAUUCUCCUAAACUUAGCUAAGGCUAGUGGUGAGGUUACUAACCCGGAAGCCCCAACUGCUCUGGCUGUGGAUUCGUCCUUGGAGCUGUACGGCGUGGUGUUGAUGCUGGGAAUAUGCUUUAUUGCUUUAUGGGAAUGUGGAAGAGUGUGCUGGCGAAACCGCGGUGAGGCGAUGCGCUUGAGGUCUCUUCAAGAAUCCCAAAAGCUGUCCAAGAAGGAGAUGCGCGAAUUGAAUGGUCUACUGAGGCGGAAUCCCGCCCAACUGCAAGGACAUGAGAAAGAACGGAUGAUCCAGUUGGCUGAGGCAACCGGAGUUGAUCUUUCAGGAAUCCUUGCUGGAACCGAAGGGCCACAGUUCGCUACUCCAAGUACUGUUCUAGGUGGAGGUGAGGUACCCCCACCGCCACCAAGCCCCUUCAGUGCUUGUGCGGCAGACGAAGAAUUCCUGAGGAAUAGAAGAGGGGAACGGCGUUCUCAACCGUCGCCUCCGCCUCCACCACCUACCUACGAGGACAUCGUUGAGGAAGACGAGCGGGCAAGGAGGACUACGUCGACCUUCUACCCCGCUCCGGAGCAGGUGUCAGCUGAAACCAGGACCUACAAGUCACGAUCGGUUGGAACUCAGGUCCAGAUGCUGAAGGAGAUGCCAAAAGUAGUGUUCGUAACUCCCUCUGGAACGUGUGUGCAUGCUACGAGAGAUUGCAGCACAUUGAAUCGAUCGACGAAGUUCAUACAGAAGGAGGUGUGUGCUAAGUGCAUACCAGGGCAAAAGGAGGUCACGGAAAGGCCAAUGUAA